CAGCUUUAGCGUCGGCAGCCAUUUGUGGGGAAAGAGAACGGAGCGCUGGAGGCGAGUGAGACACCGCGGGACACUAUGAGUGAAGAGCAGUUUGUUAACAUUGACUUGAAUGAUGAUAAUGUUUGCAGCAUAUGCAAAUUAGGAACGGAAAGAGAGACUCUCUCAUUCUGCCACAUUUGUUUUGAGCUGAACAUUGAAGGAAUACCAAAGUCUGAUCUUCUGCAUACAAGAUCAUUAAGAGGACACAGAGACUGCUUCGAGAAAUUCCACUUAAUAGCAAACCAGAGUUGUCCACGGUCAAAACUCUCCAAAAGCACUUAUGCAGAAGUAAAAAAUAUCUUAAGCAAAAAAAUUAACUGGAUUAUACAGUAUGCACAAAACAAAGAUUUGGAUUUGGAUUCUGAAAGUUCCAAGCAAACACAGCACCAUCUCUUUAGCUUCAGACAUCAGAGAGAGAGAAAGCUACUUCCUCAGUUUGAUUCCCAGGUUCCUAAAUACUCCGCCAAAUGGAUAGAUGGGAAUUCUGGGAGUAUUUCAAACUGUUCACAAAGUAUUUUGGAACCAAGAGAAUCCAGUGAUUUUAGACUUGACAUGUUGCAACAAGCAGGUGCUACAUUUUGUUGCAGUGGUACGUUGUGGUCUAGUCAUAACCAAACAUCAGAGGUGGAAAAAGCUAAAACUGACCCAAACACCUGCAUUCGAAGAAGUCCCCAGUACAGCAGGGAGCAAUUGAGUAUGAUGACUCUUGCAGAGGUGCAGCAACUGAGUGAGAAAGUCCUCAAGCAAAUACAAGAUGUGUUUGAAGAGCUAACUCGGCAAGUGCAAGAAAAAGACUCCUUGGCUUCACAGCUUAAUGUUCGUCACAUCGCCAUUGAACAGCUGCUCAAGAACUGUUCCAAAUUACCAUGUCUGCAGAUGGGACGGGCAGCAAUGAAAUCCAAUAUAUCCAUAUAACAGCACCUCAGCUUGCAUUUACCCUCUGCCUUGACCCGAGUUGUGUGCACUUAAGCAACAUUUGGGGAGACUCAUAAGCUUGUCUAUAUUAUAAGAUGCAAAGGAAGUUACAUAUAGUGUUCCUUUUUAAAAAAAAUCUCAAUAUUAGUUUUGACUCUGGAAGUCGUCAAAAUCUCCCACAAUUAGCAACAUUCCUUCCAGUCACUGAUGACAAAAUAAAAUGGUCAGACAUCUUUUUGUUAAUAAUCUGGGAGAUUGACAGAUGAAAUAGUUUUUAGGUACCAAGAAAAUGGAGAAAAUCAGUGUUCAUGAAAUUCACAUUUCUUAUUUAUUGCAAGCAAUAUUUUAUUACUGAAAUUUUAUACAAGAAGAAACUAUUUUAGGUACUUUUCCACGUCUCUUUAUAAAAGUUUUGAAUUGAUCGAGUAACCUUUUUGCCUUGUGUAAUGAUUGUUUACCCCCUUUUCAAGUUGGUGGUGUUAUCUUUCAUGACAAAAAUUAUUUUAAAAAAAUAAACCUUUAAAAAACCGUGUUUCCCAAAGACACAAUCUCAGUGGCGGUAAUGCAUUAAUUUUAAUUUUCAGCAACGUAGAAUUUAUUGGGCAUGGAUUGUAUCUUAAUAGAAGAAAUUUAAGCACAGCACCUCCUUUUGGAAUGACAGUUUUUGUUUUUAUUAUAUGCGGAGCAGGAGUUUGGUUUUGUAUGUGGAUUUCUAAUGCUUAAUAAAAGUAUAUGGCUUCAAAGAAAUAAACCUAUGAU